AUUAACGAAAAUGGCGGGUAUCAUAACAACUUCACUGCAGGCGGGAGAGUGAAAGGAAGUAAAGUAUCAGUAUUGAUAGAAUGAUACGGAAACAAAUACAUAGCGAAGUCAAUUUAAAUGUUAACUUGUUCUGUCAUAAUGAGAAAAAUACAAUCUGAAGGAAAUGGGAGAUCAAUUGCAGACUACUUGUCUCCAAAAGGCAGUAUUGGAACAGUGGGUUAACUGCCUGUUCAGGGGCAGAACGACAGAUUUGUACCUUGUCAGCUCGGGGAUUUGAACUUGCAACCUUCCGGUUACUAGUCCAACGCUCUAACCACUAGGCUACCCUGCACCAAUGCAGUCAAAGAUGUCAUCCCUCUAGGGUUGCCUGGUCCCAAACCCUCCCCGGCCGCCUCCUACCUCCAGGUGACCCCCAUGAAACCCUCUCAGCCCCGCGGAUGCCUGUCCAACCCGAACACGCACCCCCUGCCAAAACGAUUGCCACCCUUGACAAGCCCAGGACUGGACCCAGUGAGGGCCAAGCCCUCUCCUGGACCUCACCCUCCCCAACUGCCAGGGGUGCACCACCGAGCUCCUGGGGGUGGAGGUGGGGAUGAAGCCAAGGAUGGCAAGGCCAACUUAACAAACCCCAUCACCAGGAAGAUAAAGACUUCCCACAGCCCUGUGACCCCUAACCCCUCUAGGAGUAUAACCUUGGACCCUAGGGUUGGUACGGGAACAGGCAUCAGUGAUGUUGGGAGCUCUAGCGCUCUGUUUACUGCUGGCUUGCCCCUCCAGUCUACCCCCCAGUACACAGCAGGUGACGACAGGAAGGACACAAUGAAGAACGGUUGUCCACUGUCACACACCAUGUGUAGCCCUGUCAAUCCACAGCAGAGUGGUGGUUCCCUGGACAACCGAGGAACCACUCAAACUAGCAAACUGUUCACUCCAGUAGGCACCAAAUCCCUGUCGCAGAAGAGGGGUAGAAACCCAGACUUGGAGGAGAGAACGAAAGGGGAGGAAAUGGCCAAUAAGAAACUGCGUCCGGAGGACUAUAGGCCAAACUCAAGCCCCGCCCCUAUCUGUACCAGUCACCCACCCUAUGGAACAGCCAGCCCAUCCUACCUGAAGAAAGUCUUCAUGAAAAACAGUCUGAACUCAGGUCCUAUUCUGAGUUUGAAGGAGCGUCUCACCCCUAAGAAGACGGAGGGAGGGAUGGCGAGAGGGAUGGAGAUUGUUCCUACUUCUCCACUCUCUUCACCCAAGCCUGCGAGGCAGGUCUUUAACAACCGAGGACAACCACCAUGCAGGAACAGUGUGAGGGAGAAUAGCAAUCCUCAGUGUAGAUACAGUGGAAUGAAUCACCAAUCUGUCAACCCUCAAUCUGUUUAUAGUGGUAGUAAUCUCCAAUCCGGUCACCCAGCGAACUUGCCUGUCAAAAGUGCUAGUAGAGGAGAAUGCAGCAGAGGGAAAGAGGGCAGAGCAAGAGCGCCAGAGAGUAGAGGAAGAGAACCGACAGGUCGCACCGACAGAAGAACCCCCAAAACUGUCUCGAGGUCUCACAGCUCAUACUCCAACUGCUCUAGUUCUCUGCGCCAUCUUGGAUUGGCACAGAACCGAAACGUCACUCGCCCCCGGGGAAUGUCGGCCUUGUCGGAUGACCUGAAUGACCUUUUCACUCCUGACCCCAUAACCUCUAGCCUGUCGAGAGCAGCGAUGACCUUUUCCUCCAGUCCCCAGAGAGGAGACGGGUCGCCCUCUGUACACAAGAUUCUUGUGUCUGGUGUGUCGGCUACAGUCUGUGGUGCUUCUAAAAGACUGCAGCCCACCUCUGUAACAAGCCCCAGAGAAAUCCCCCAAAUCUCCCCCUCGGAGCGAAUCUCUGGCCCCAAUAUCUUUCCCUGUAAGGUAGCGGCAGUGGACCCCUCUAAACUACUCCUGGGCCCUAACAUCUACUCUCCCUCUUUUUUAAGGCUGGAGUCGUGCGGGACUGACUUGACUAAAUUAAAGACCGCCUCGUACAGGACCAUCACCUGCACUUCCUCAGGGAAGCCAUCAUCCCCUAAGGUUGAGUCUGUUACGAUGGAGGAUGUCGCAUCCAAACUGAAAACGAGUCCUACUUUUCCCGCUGUGAGACGGUUUGCGGAUGAGUCUGUUAAGACAGAGGCAGGACCCAGAUCUCCUGGUAUUCCUUCAGCGGGCUUGGCGUCACCUAUGGAUGAGCAUGCCAACCUCAAGAAUGAGUCUUCCGCCCUGAAAACUAUCCCCCUCUCAGCCUCCGCAAAGUCCUCAUCCUUGUGUAAGGACGAGUCGUUUAACAUGGGGACUGCAGACUUCAAAGCCAGCACCAGCUCUCCCUUCCUCACUUCUCCCACCUCACGAUUGGACCGAAAAGGAAAGGAGGGUGAAAAGAGGAAGGAAGGAGACCAGAAGAGUUUAUCAUUCCUCGAGGAAGGAGAAAAAAGAAGCAAGAUGGACAAUCCCCAGAAAAGUCUGAUAUUUCUGGAGGAGGACCCUCUGGAUGUGGAGCUGGGCCUAGGCCUCGACCUGGGUCUAGAGUUGGAGCUAUCUCAGGCCAGCAGCAGCAGCAGCAGUGAGGACGAGCUGCCAUCCCUGCAGCAGAUCCUGGACCGUACCGCCCGCCCCCCAGACACCCCAGAGAAAGGAACCUUCACUGCACCCAGCACCCCUGUUGGGCCCCGACACCACAGCCAGCUGCCUGUGGCGUCUAAAGCCAAACCCGCGAGUUACAGGAACAACCUGGACGAGAUGCUGAAGGAAAAGGAGAGCAUUCAAAGGUCUAAGGAGAUGGAGACCAAGCUGCGUCUGUCCUGUGAGGAGAACCUGCUGAGACUGGCGGAGGAGGAGGAGGAGGAUGAGAGCGCAGAGAACAUGGAGGCGGCCAUCUCCCACCAGCAGAGGGAGUUCCUGCAGCGUUUCUCGGUGGUGUCCAGUGCCAUCCGAGACCUGCACCCCGGCGAAGCGAUGUUUAGCCUGGACAACUUUGGCCGUCUUUUCAGCCAACACACACUGCAGCUGAGACACUGUAACGUCUCCCCUCGAGACACCGCACAGAAAACACUACUCUGGUCCACUCCAGACCAGUUCAGGUCCCAUGUCAGUUCCGAGCUGAUCCAGAGAGCCUACCGCUCCUCCCCCUGCCCUCCCCAGGUGGCCCGGUGGCUCUUCCAGAUGGUGUCAGUCCACUCAGACAAGCUGACCUGUCAUCAGGUACUAAAGGCCCUUAAAGAUAUUGCCUGCUCCGCUGCUGAACACAUGAUGCUGAAUAAGAAUGAGCGCUUUGAGGUGUGGGUGCCCAGUGUUGGAGACGUGACCCUGGUCUUCAUGAACAUGGGGGUUCCCUUCGUCACCCUGUUCCCCCUGGAGAACCUACAACCCCCCUUCACUGAAGGAGACCUGCUAGAGGGCUUCCAGAUCAGCACAGAGAGCCUGUCCAGUAAGCAGGAGCUCAGCACUUUCCCUGAACACAACUUUGAUAGCGUCAUCAAGUACCUGUCUCAAUGUACGUCGUUGUGCCCGCGGGCCUACAGUGACGGAGAACUGUUGUUACUCCUGACGGUGGUGAGCAGAGUGGGCUUGGACACACAGCUCACCCUCCAGCCCACUGAGCACCUCCGCUCUCUACUGCGCAACCUGAUCAGCAGCAUCAGGGACUGGGACGUCAUGCUGCCCAGGAUCUGCAUGUCGCUGAUUGACCUGAGUGAUGACCACCACAACCUGCGCUGGUUGGUCCAGCUACUGCCAGACAACAUUCGCGGCAAGCAACUCAGGAGACACCUCAGUGUGUCGGCCAUCUCCAAGCUGCUGAACAUCAGAUGCACUUACAGGCCCUCCAAUACAGAGUUCCAGCUGUCAGACCUGCGUCGGUACCUCCCCCGCAUGCGCCCAUCCUCACUCCUCCGGGGCCUGGCCACCUUCAGGAGGAGUCAAAACGCACACAGAGAGAGGGAAGAGGAGGAAGAGGACUGUGCCUCUCUGGACCAGCAGGCUUACUACCUCUGCUACAGCCUCCUGGCCCUGGCUAACGAAGCCACCAACUUUGAGUUCUUCCCUCCGGAGCAGAAGAACCAGUUGUUGUUGCUAUGUGCUGAGCUGGAGAAACACAUCAAGUGUGACAUCAGGGAGAGUGAGAAGAUGCUGUACAGGAGUAAGGUGAAAGACUUUGUAGCCAGGAUCUACACCAAGUGGCAGGUGCUGGUCCAGAGAACCAGGCCUCUCCAGGGUAAACUGUAUGACUACUGGCAGCCUCUGCCUGAGGACGCAGUGAGCAGCAGCCAGGAGAGCAAACACUCCCACAGGGAGAGAGAAGAGGAGAGAGAGGAUGAGGAGACAGUCAUGGAGUUGGAAGGAAAAGGAGAAGACGAGGAGAGGAUUGCAGAAAAUGCUUUGUCCAUGGAGGAUGAAAGACGAGAGACACCGGAAAAAUACUUGGCCAUGGAGGGUGAAGAGGGGAAAGUGGUGAAAGGAGAAGAGGAGGAUAAGGAGGAGAGGAUUGCAGAAAAUGCUUUGUCCAUGGAGGAUGAAGAGGGGAAAGUGGUGAAAGGAGAAGAGGAGGAUAAGGGGGAGAGGAUUGCAGAAAAGGCUUUGGCCAUGGAGGAUGAAAGAGGAGAGAUGCCAGAAAAAUACUUUGCCAUGGAGAAGGAGAUUCUAGAAGGGGAUGAGAAGUUGCUGAAGAUGGAUGAGUUGGAAGAGGAGGAAGAGGAGCUGAUGGAAAUUACUUUAGAGGAGUCCGGUGAGGAACGAAAGAUGGAGGAAAAAUGGACAGUAGUCAAGGCGGAGGAGAGGGUCACAGAAAAAAGGGAAGCAGCAGCAGUGGAGGAGGGAAGGAAAGGACCGACUGAAGGAGAGACUGAGGAGAGGGGCAAUUUAGAGAAAGAUUCAGAGAUGGAGGAGAAAGGUGAAGAAUGAAGGGAGAGGAGACUGAGAGAAACCAGAGAAGAAGACUGCAACGGAAGACAACCCGGCUGCAUCUAUAUAUAAUUGUACCGGUCUAGGCCAACUGUCAUCUAGACUCUAGACUAAAGCUGAAUCCAAAAUGGCGCCCUAUUCCCUUUUGACCAGAGAAUAGGGUGCCAUUAACCCAACUGUCUGCGUGUUUUUUCUCAGGUAAAUCACUUCAAGUGAAGAAACGUUACAUUAUUAGUUUUUUUUCAUGCACUUUGUUUCACAAUGCAAAAGACAAAUCCUAUCUACAGAAACUGAGGCAGUUCUAUUAAUUCAUUUUACUAUUUGCACUUGUUUUCUAUUUUUGUUUGCACUCGAUUUGAAGUUAUUUCUGUUUUUAGAACCGUUCGCUGACUGUGACCCCUCUGGUUAUUUUUGUCACCCAACGUUAAACAGUUUGCAUAUAUGACAAUUGUUUUUGGUGUUCAGCAGCAUUCGGCAUGUUUUUUUUCCGACUGUUCAACCAAAUUUUUCUUGUGGCAAGCUGAAGUUUGCUAGCCGAAGUCUAUGCCCCUUCGUCUGUUAUUGGUCAACAGUAGGGAGUCUUCAAUGAAGUGUGUUGUCAUUCAAUUGCAGACUACUAGUUCAUGGACAUUUUUUCACUUGAGAUAUACUGUACCGAUCAUCUUGGAUGAAAAGUUGCGCAACUAAGACCUCUGGAAAAUUAAUUACACAUUUGAGUUAUCUUAGAUUCAUUCGGACUAAUUUGAGGAAUGUACUGGCUAUGGCGUCUUAAGAGUGACAAAAAGUAAUAUUGCCACCUUUAUUCUCGUUUUUCAAAUGAAUGUAUUCUAACGGAAUAUGCGAGCGCAGCUGUUCACUUCGCCUAGCCGAGUUCUGCUUGGAGCAAACCGAACCUAUGAAUGAGAACACCAUAACUGGGCGCUGUUCCAAUGAGUUAGCCAGCUAACUGCCCAAAAUGUGUAAGAGAAUUCAUUUUUGCUAAAUGUAGACUUAAAAUGGAUACAGUAUAUUUGACUCGACAACUUAUACUGAAGAAAAAAUUAUAAAUGCAAUGUGUAAAGUGUUGGUCCCAUGUUUCAUGAGCUGAAAUAAAAGAUACCAGAAAUGUUCCAUACGUACAAAAAGCUUAUUUCUUUCAAACUUUGUGCACAAAUGUUUACAUCCCUGUUAGUGAGCAUUUCUCCUUUGCCAAGAUAAUUAAUCCACCUGACAGGUGUGGCAUAUCAAGAAGCUGAGUAAACAGCAUGAUCAUUACACAGGUGUACCUUGUGCUGGGGACACUAAAAGGCAUCUUAAAACAUGCAGUUUUGUCACAAAACACAAUGCUACAGAUGUUUCAAAUUUUGAUGGAGUGUGCAAUUGGCAUGCUGAUUGCAGUUAUGUCAACCAGAGCUUUUGUCAGAAAAUGUUAUGUUAAUUUCAAUUGACUGAUUUCAAAUUGUUGCAUGUUGCGUUUAUAUUUUUAUUCAGUAAUGAUAAUGGCGGUCCGCAAACAAACAUUAAAGGUGCAUGCUGCUACCUACUUUACUGGAGUGUGUGAUCGUUCACGGUUUACAACAUUGGCUCCAAAUUUCAAAAUCCUCCUACCUAACUCAGUACUUCUGAGAAAAUAAAAAAGAGCCAUACUAACAUCUUAUAGACCCUGGCCCCAUCCCCAAAAUCCCAUCCAACCUCAAUGACCCUACACUUCAAUCUUUCCCUCUCUUCAACAAUCUAACAUGUUAUUUUUGCAUUAAUAUGUGUCACAUAACAAUUUGCAAACAAUGUAAAAAAUAAUAUAUCAGAGUUAAUAAAGCCACAUACAAACAUG